GAGCCAUCAAGCAGAUCAUCAAGGGGAGAGACGUGAUCGCCCAGUCACAGUCAGGAACAGGGAAGACAGCAACGUUUUCCAUCUCUGUUCUGCAGUGCCUGGAUAUACAGGUUCGUGAGACCCAGGCAUUGAUCUUGGCACCAACUCGGGAGCUGGCUGUACAGAUUCAGAAGGGUCUUCUUGCUCUGGGAGACUACAUGAAUGUCCAGUGUCACGCCUGCAUUGGAGGGACCAACGUGGGUGAAGAUAUCCGAAAACUGGAUUAUGGGCAGCAUGUUGUUGCUGGCACUCCAGGCCGUGUGUUUGAUAUGAUUCGUCGUCGAAGUUUAAGGACUCGUGCCAUCAAAAUGCUGGUUUUGGAUGAAGCAGAUGAAAUGCUCAAUAAAGGUUUUAAGGAGCAGAUUUAUGAUGUGUACAGAUAUUUGCCUCCAGCUACACAGGUGGUUCUGAUCAGCGCCACUUUGCCUCACGAAAUUCUGGAGAUGACCAACAAAUUCAUGACAGACCCCAUUCGCAUCUUGGUGAAACGUGAUGAGUUGACCCUCGAAGGCAUCAAGCAGUUUUUUGUGGCUGUGGAGAGGGAAGAAUGGAAGUUUGACACCUUGUGCGAUCUCUACGACACGCUCACAAUCACCCAGGCUGUCAUCUUCUGUAACACCAAGAGAAAGGUAGACUGGCUCACAGAGAAGAUGAGAGAAGCCAACUUCACAGUUUCAUCCAUGCAUGGGGACAUGCCACAAAAGGAGCGAGAGUCCAUCAUGAAAGAGUUCAGAUCUGGCGCAAGCCGAGUCCUUAUUUCAACAGAUGUUUGGGCUAGAGGCCUGGAUGUGCCUCAGGUGUCCCUGAUCAUUAACUACGACUUACCCAACAACAGAGAGCUCUACAUACACAGAAUUGGUCGGUCAGGCAGAUACGGCCGAAAAGGUGUAGCGAUCAACUUUGUGAAGAAUGACGACAUCCGCAUCCUGCGAGACAUCGAGCAGUACUACUCCACCCAGAUAGACGAGAUGCCCAUGAAUGUUGCUGAUCUUAUCUGAAGGUCCAUGUUUACCAGGAAGUUGUGCUAUUUUAGUAACCUCCAUAAUUCUGUAUCGGACCCACAUCCUUUUAUCAUAUUGCUGGUCAUAUGUUCUUGUCUUGAGCUGCACCUGGAAAUUGUGUAAAUAAUGUCUUUACUCCCACCCAUGUUUUUCAAUAAAAAAAAGGAAGUUUUACCAUAA